CACCAACAAAACGCAAAAGAGGACAACACCCCCACAACAGCGCUCGCGAGCUAGCAACCCAACUGGCCGACGGGCUUGCUUGCUUGCCCACCACAAGCGCAAACUCACGCCGCCCACGCCCACACACGCGUUUUCGUUCAUUCAACGGCGUGGCUGUGCUGAGAGAGAAAGGGAAGCAGCACGGCAUGGACGACUUGACGGAGCUGCCGACGCUGUCGGAGCAGACGAUCCUGGACACGCUUCAGGACCGCUUCGCUCAGGACCGCAUCUACACUUGCAUUGGCGACAUUCUCAUUGCCGUAAACCCGUUCAAGCCAUUGCCCAUUUACGAUGAUGAGCACGCAAACAAGUACACAAAUUCAACCGCUGCAGCGCUGCCGCCCCACGUCUUCCGCACAGCAGACCGUGUAUACAACGCCAUGUGUCAAAGCCACAAGUCGCAGGUGUGUGUCAUCAGCGGCGAGAGUGGCGCUGGCAAAACCGAGACGUCCAAGCUGUUCAUGCGGCAUCUUGCACAUUUGUGCAAACACCACAGCAUCAGGGACACCGACGAGCCACUGCACGAUCGCAUUUUGAAGACGAAUGUGAUUCUGGAGACGUUUGGCAACGCAGAGACGAAGAUGAACAACAACUCCAGCCGGUUUGGCAAAUACGUUGACCUCAUCUUUGGGCGGGGCGGGGAGCUGAAGGGCGCCACCAUUCGCCACUACCUGCUCGAGAAGUCGCGCAUCACGCUGCAGACACCCGACGAGCGCGGCUACCACAUCUUCUACCAUGUGCUCGCUGGCCAGGAUCCCUGGUUUGAGCAGCUGCCUGUGCUGCCGCCGCAGGAGUACCCCUAUCUCCGCUGGCCCGACACAGAGUGGUCACCCAUCGUCCCCUGGCCAGACGUCAUGGAUGCGCUGGAGACGGUUGGCUUUGCACGUGAUGAGAUCCCAGCCAUCAUGCGUCUCGUGCUCGCUGUUCUUGAACUUGGACGCAUCGACUUUGACGAGUCGAGUCCAGACGUCAGCCAGGUCGCAGACACGCAGGUGGUGGAGAAGGUUGCCGGGCUGCUUGGUGUCAACGCGGCAGCGAUGAGCCAGCACAUGGUCGAGACACAGUACUUUGUGCACGGCGAACGCUACACAAAGCCGAACACCGUCUACAAGAGCCAUCAGGGGGUGGAGGCGCUGGCAAAGUGCGCGUACGAUGCGCUGUUUGAGUGGCUGGUCACGCGCAUGGACACGAUGCUGCACUCGUCGGCCGCACUCGACGGCGACGAGCUCCAUAUCGGUAUCCUCGACAUCUUUGGCUUCGAAAACUUCAAGACCAACGGGUUUGAGCAGAUGUGCAUCAAUGUUGCAAACGAGCGCCUGCAGUUCUUCUUCAAUCUCAAUGUGUUUCAGAUGGAGUUGAACGACUACGAGAAGGAGGAAGUGGAGGUCGAGGGCAUGACAUUCACCAACAACUUUGACACUUUGGAGCUGUUCUACCACAAGUCCAUGAACGUCUUCUCUCUUCUGGAUGAAGAGUCACGCUUCCAGAACAGCACGGACGUGACGCUGGUGCGGAAGCUGAGCGCUGCGUUGAAAGAGCAGCCCGCGUAUUCCCCAUGCAACGCUGCAGACCAGUUUCGCAUCAAGCACUUUGCCGGUCACGUCACAUACACCGCAGCCGAAUUCCUCGACAAGAACAGAGACGCACUUCCUGUGGAGCUGACCCGGCUGCUCAAAGGCUCCAGCGACCCCUUUGUUGCGGAAGUGUUUGCUGCUGUUGUCCUGCGUGGUGCUGGGUCGUCACCAUCGUCGUCGUCGUCAUCAUCGUCGCGUCGAAUGGCCGGACGCUCUGCCGUUCGCAGAUUCUCAACAGAUGUCCUUGACCGCAUGCGUAAUCGGUCUUCGCAUCACCACCACCAUCACGACCGUCGUUGGAAGCAGCGCGACGCCGGCUGGACGGUGAGUGGGCAGUUCCGGGCGUCGUUGGAUGAACUGAUUGAGCGCAUGUCCGUGUGUGCGCCAACAUUCGUGCGCUGCAUCAAACCAAACACAGCAAACAGACCCGUCGAGUUUGACGUGAUGUUUGUGAAGAAGCAGCUCGAGUACACGGGCGUGUUUGAGACAACGCGCAUUCGCAAGGACGGAUUUGCCCAUCGCCUCCUCUUCCGCGACUUUCUCGACAGGUACUACACGCCAAUCCUGGGUCGGUCGUCUGCGCGCGUGAUUGCGACGGGGGUGCGCUGCGAGGAAGUGCUCACAACCGCACAGCGCAUGCUAGGCGACACUCCAAUUGCGGGUCGCAAGCCAGCGCUGGAUGGGUGGCGGAUCGGGCGCACAAAAGUUUUUCUCAAGUGGUGGCACGUGGACGCACUAUCGUUUAUGGUGUCGCGUGUGGAGACGGCUGCGCUCAACCUGCAGGCCAUCGUCCGCGGAUUUCUCGGGCGGAGGACAAAGGACAGGCUCCAGCGGCAACGGGAGCACUACCAAAUGCUUGGCACGGGUCUGUUGCAGGAGAUUUCCUCCAAGAGUGGGCGUCUCUUCAACACGCAGCAGUCGCUCAUCGACGAGGACGAGUCGUGGCCAGGCGGCCUCGAUCGCCCAACGCCGCGCCCUGACGGGCGGCAGUUUAUGCGCAAUCACUUCAAGAAUCUCUCAAAGGCGCGGAAGGAGGUUGAGAAGUGGUGGCUCAAGUACGAGCGCGUUGGAGGGUUUCACUGCGACGAGGAUGGGCGCAUCUUCCCCUGGUUCCACGGACUGCUCGACCGCUCCCAGGCCGAGGAACUGCUCGACGGAACACAGCCGGGCACGUUCCUCGUGCGCGUGAACGAGCGGACGACGGGGUAUGUGCUCUCGUUCACGACACAGCGCCGAUUCCGCCACUACAAAAUCCACAAGUCGGAGGAGGGCGGAUAUCAGAUCUUUGGCUUUGAGGAGGACUUUGGGUCGCUUGCAGAACUCGUUGACCACUACCAGCAGCACGGAUUUGGCCGCACAUCGGAUGGACGCGCACACGAGGACACGCACGCCGACGCAGAUGCCGCUGGUGGUGCGGCGAGCAACAACGACGACAACGCCAGCACCGAAAACAACAGCGACAACAACAAUGACGAUGCAAAUGCAGCUGCGACUGACACAGACGCCCCAACCGCUGUCAAUGAUGCAGACGCGAACGCAAGCACGAGUGAAGAAGACACGUCAUCAGCGUCAGCACCAUCAGCACCAGAGGCAGAUGUGGUUGCACCGCCACCGCCGCCGCCGCCACGCACCUCUGCCAAUUCGUCAGCAGCACAACCCGACCCGCACACGCCGGAGGACGCAGUGGAGGCGGGGAGUGAAGGCGAACAGCAGCAGCGUGAUGGUGAUGGUGGUGGUGAUGGUGGUGGUGGUGGUGGUGGUGUUGAGCGCAAACGUGGCGAGGAAGAGUUCAUUGACACGGUGUUGGAGUGCACGCAUGCGCUUCGACUCGGAGACAUUGACGAAGUUGCCGUUGACGGUGUCGAUCCCGCUGUGAAGCGACUGCCAAAGCAGAAGAAGAAGCCCGCGCCUGCGCCCGUGGACGAGCGAGCGAAGGAGGAGGAAGAGUUUGAGCGAUUGCGGGAGGAGCGAGCAGGACGGACGGUGUUCACGUUCACGGCGGCGGAGGAUUCGCCGGAGAACGAAGAGGAGCGACUUGACGCAAGCGAAUACCUCGACACGCGCCAGCCCAUGCCCCAGUGGCUGUACGGCCCCAUCUCGCGCGAGGUUGCGGAAGAUCUGUUGUCGCGCCAGGGCAUGUUCGACGGCAUGUUCCUGCUGCGCGAGAAGACGGUGACGACAGACAAAGUUCAGAUUGCUCUCUCGUAUUCAUUUGAGGGGAACUUUAGCCAUCACAUCUUGGAGAAGAACAAGGGUCAGCCCUGGCUCCUCGACAAAAAAUCGCUCGGAUAUGACGGCAGUCUCAACCACGUCGUCGACACGUUCAUGCGGCAGAAGGACCCGGGUCUCAACUGCAAACUUUCUGCGCCGGCGAUCAGCAACGAGUUCAAGGUGGCGACCAUCACGCCGCCAGCGCUGUUCCCGAUGGCAACACCAACACCGCCCCCAGCACGAUCAGCCAACCGCUCGGGUCGCCGCCGUGGCCGUGGACGGCGUGGGUCCCGCGGGUCUGGCGCCCUCCCUGCGCUGCCCACAGCACCUGUGGGCCGGAUUGAGGUGAACGGGCAGGCGAUACCGCCAGAGCGAUGGGGCCCAGACCAGGUCGUGCAGUGGCUCAGCAUGCUCAACCUGCAGCGCUACGCAGGAGUGUUCCGCCAGCACAGCAUCACUGGUCGCCAUAUUGCCAUUCUCAACGCAAAGCAGCUCUCCAUUCUUGUGCCAAGCAUGGACGAUCAACUUCUGCUCAAGAACGCAAUCACCAUUCUCUUCUCCGAGAAUCGCGGAUCGGUUGAGGAUCGCGUCGCCGCAUCCGUUCAGGCCGGUGGUCAGCGCAGGACAUUCGCCAACCAGCGGUCUGUCCGUCCCCACCGACAGCCGCACGAAUUCUUCAGCCGACGCCACCUGUUCUUCUCCCCGCCAGAAGACAAGUUGAAGAAAUACGCAAAGAAGGGCGACAUGCGAGCAAUCGAGAAUCUGCUGAUACGGCACGAGAAUCUGCGUGUUGACCGGAUCCGGCGCGAUGGCGAUCACAAGACGCCGCUCUUCGUCGCUGCAGAGCGCGGGCACGUCGACGUAAGCACUCAUGAUGAUGAUGAUGAUGAUGAUGAUGAUGAUGAUGAUGAUGAUGAUGAUGAUGAUGAUGAUGAUGAUGAUGAUGAUGAUGAUGUGAUGAUGAUGAUGGUGGUGGUGUGA